GCUGACGUCCGGAGCACGUGAUCUUGUUCCGGCUCGCCAAAGAUGGCGGCCCCCAGGGCGGGAGCGUGAAAGUUGCUGGUGAAAGCCGCCGCCCGUCCGCGCUGGAAUCGAAGCAGCAGCGACCGUGCGCCAUGUCGCGACUGAUCGUUAAAAACCUCCCGAAUGGGAUGAAGGAGGACCGUUUCAGGCAGCUGUUUGCCUCCUUUGGCACGUUGACAGACUGCAGCCUGAAGUUCACCAAAGAUGGCAAGUUCCGUAAGUUUGGCUUCAUUGGCUUCAAGUCUGAGGAAGAGGCCCUGUCGGCACUGAACCAUUUCAACAGGAGUUUUAUCGACACUUCCCGGAUCACGGUGGAGUUCUGUAAGUCAUUUGGGGACCCAACAAAGCCCCGAGCCUGGAGCAAACAUGCUCAGAAAACAAAACAGUCUAAGAAUCCUUCAAAAGACAAAGAUUUUGUCCCCACAGAACCUAAGAAAGAUGACAAGACAAAAAAGGUAGCAAGUGAGCUGGAGAAGCUGAAGGAAGACACUGAGUUCCAGGAGUUCCUGUCAGCACACCAGAAGCGGACACAGACAGCCACUUGGGCGAAUGAUGCCCUGGACAUCGAGCCCUUGAAAGGGAAGAGCAAGCCUCCUGCCAGUGACUACCUGAACUUUGACUCUGACUCAGGACAGGAGAGUGACGAGGAGGGAGCUGGGGAGGACCCAGAAGACGACGAUGGCCACAAACCCAGGGCAGCCGUGCAGAAGGAGCUGUCCGACAUGGAUUACCUAAAAUCCAAGAUGGUGAAGUCUGAGUCGCUGUCAUCUUUGGAAGAGGAGGAGAGUGAAGACGAAGCUGUGAGCUGCGGGGAAGAGAGUGGGGCCGAGGAGGAGGCCCCUGGCGCUGCACCCACCCAGCAGGACAGAGGGAAGCCAGUGGCCGGCCCGGAGCAGGGUGCCCCAUCUGAGAAUGAGAUACCAGGGGCAGCCCGAGCCGAGGCAGACAAACUGGCAAACCAAAAGGAACCUACCACCCCCUACACUGUGAAGCUGCGUGGUGCCCCAUUCAAUGUCACAGAGAAGAACGUUCUAGAAUUCCUGGCACCUCUGCGACCAGUGGCCAUUCGGAUAGUGAGAAAUGCUCACGGAAACAAAACAGGGUAUAUCUUUGUGGACUUCCGCAGUGAAGAGGAAAUAAAGCAAGCUCUGAAAUGCAACAGGGAAUACAUGGGUGGACGCUACAUUGAGAUAUUUAGGGAAAAGAAUGUCCCCACAACCAAGGGGCCCCUAAAGAAUAGUGCUAAACCCUGGCAAGGCCGGACCCUUGGGGAAAACGAAGAGGAGGAAGACCUGGCCGACUCCGGGAGGCUCUUCAUACGAAACCUGCCCUAUACCAGCACCGAGGAGGACUUGCAGCGGCUCUUCUCCAAAUUCGGUCCCCUGUCUGAGCUUCAUUACCCCAUCGACAGCCUGACCAAGAAGCCCAAGGGCUUUGCCUUCGUCACCUUCAUGUUUCCUGAGCAUGCUGUGAGGGCCUACGCUGAAGUGGACGGGCAGGUGUUCCAGGGCAGGAUGCUCCAUGUGUUACCAUCCACCAUCAAGAAAGAAGCCAGUGAGGACACUGAUACCCAAGGAUCAUCUUAUAAGAAGAAGAAAGAAUCUAAAGACAAAGCCAACAGCUCCAGCUCUCACAACUGGAACACGCUGUUCAUGGGCCCAAACGCUGUGGCCGACGCCAUUGCACAGAAGUAUAAUGCUACCAAGAGUCAAGUGUUUGACCAUGAGACCAAGGGAAGUGUGGCUGUGCGCGUGGCCCUGGGAGAGACGCAGCUUGUCCAAGAAGUACGGCGCUUCCUCCUUGAUAACGGGGUCAGUCUGGACUCCUUCAGCCAGGCCGCGGCCGAGCGAAGCAAGACUGUGAUCCUGGUUAAGAACCUCCCAGCGGGCACCCUGGUGGCUGAGCUGCAGGAGACUUUCGGCCGUUUUGGCAGCCUGGGCCGAGUGCUCCUGCCCGAGGGCGGCAUCACUGCCAUUGUGGAGUUCCUGGAGCCCCUGGAGGCCCGAAAGGCCUUCAGGCAUCUGGCCUACUCCAAGUUUCACCACACCCCCCUGUACCUGGAGUGGGCUCCAGUGGGCGUCUUCUCAAGCUCAGCCCCGCAGACGAAGGAACCCCAAGAUCCACCAGCAGGACCUGCAGAAGAAGACAGGGCGGAGCCAGAAACCUACAAUGAGACCCCAGAAGGUGAAAAGCCAGCAGAAGGAAGAGCUGAGGAUUGUCCAGCAAAAGUGGAAGAAGAAGAGGAAGAAGAGGAAGAGGAGGAAGAGAGCCUCCCUGGGUGUACUCUGUUUAUUAAAAAUCUCAACUUCAGCACGACGGAGGAGACCCUAAAGGGAGUGUUUUCCAAAGCAGGGAUGGUGAAGAGCUGCUCCAUUUCCAAGAAGAAGAACAAAGCAGGAGAGCUGCUUUCCAUGGGAUUUGGAUUUGUGGAAUACAGGAAGCCAGAGCAGGCCCAGAAGGCUCUCAAGCAGCUCCAGGGUCACGUUGUGGACAGCCACAAACUGGAAGUGAGGAUCUCGGAACGAGCCACCAAGCCAGCCCUGACAUCCACUCGGAAGAAACAAGUACCCAGAAAGCAGACAACUUCGAAGAUACUGGUGCGCAACAUCCCCUUCCAGGCUGACAAACGGGAGAUCCAAGAGCUCUUCAGCACCUUCGGGGAGCUGAAGACUGUCCGCUUGCCAAAGAAGAUGACCGGGACAGGCACACAUAGAGGGUUCGGCUUCGUGGACUUCCUCACAAAGCAGGAUGCAAAGAGAGCCUUCCAGGCCCUGUGUCACAGCACCCACCUGUACGGCCGCAGACUGGUCCUGGAGUGGGCCGACUCCGAGGUGAGCCUGCAGGCCCUGCGGCGGAAGACAGCCGAGCACUUCCACGAGCCCCCGAAGAAAAAGCGGUCUGUGGUGUUGGACGAGAUCCUGGAGCAGCUGGAAGACAGUGAAAGCGACAGUGAGGAGCAAACCCUUCAGCUGCGAGCUGGCACCGAGAGGGGCUGCUAGCUGGAGUUCCCACUACAUCCAUCUACGGGAGUGCUCGCAGCUUGGGACUUGACCUGUGUCCUGCCCGAGGCCCCUUGGGACUGAGGGCUCUGGUUCGACCGCCAGGGCUGACCACAAGGAUGCUCACGACACCCAGAUGCCAGCCUCUCCAGUUGAGCCUAAGAUGUGUCUCUGAUGGCAGCUACCCUUGGCUCGUGGAUGGAGGACUCUGUGAAAUGCAUUCCAGCCCUGUUGAAAGGCUUAUUGCAGGCUUGGGGUACCCGCCUGCACACACCUACUCCCACCUGUACCUACAGCCUCCUCCCACUGGGAGCACCUGCACCCAGACUCGCCAGAGGCUGGAUGGUGUGGAGGAAAAGAGCCCCUGCCACUCAUCUGACCUGGGUUCCAAUCCCAGCCUCCUGAAUCUCACCUCUGUAGCCUCAGACCAGCAAGGUCCCCUCUGACCCUCAGCUUCUCUUUCUGUCAAGUAGGGGUGAUGUGCUCACCUGGGGCUUGACCACCUCAGUCAAUCCAAGUAAAGCCUGGAAGAGAUGCCCAUCA